AUGACCAACAUUCGAAAAUCUCACCCGCUCAUUAAAAUUGUCAACGAAUCAUUCAUCGAUCUCCCCACCCCAUCCAACAUCUCAGCAUGAUGAAACUUCGGAUCGCUAUUAGGAAUCUGCCUAAUCUUACAGAUUCUGACAGGCCUAUUUCUAGCCAUACACUACACAUCAGACACAACAACCGCCUUUUCAUCAGUAACACACAUCUGCCGAGACGUCAACUAUGGCUGAAUUAUCCGAUAUAUGCACGCCAACGGGGCCUCCAUGUUUUUCAUCUGCCUGUUCAUGCACGCCGGCCGAGGAAUGUACUACGGAUCCUACACGUUCUCAGAAACAUGGAACAUUGGAAUUCUACUAUUAUUUACAGUAAUAGCCACCGCAUUCAUAGGUUACGUCUUACCAUGAGGCCAAAUAUCAUUCUGAGGUGCCACAGUUAUCACCAACCUCCUAUCAGCCAUCCCAUAUAUCGGGACCAACCUAGUAGAAUGGAUCUGAGGGGGCUUCUCAGUGGAUAAAGCCACAUUAACACGAUUCUUCGCCUUCCACUUCAUCCUCCCAUUUAUCAUCCUGGCCCUGGCAAUCAUCCAUCUGCUAUUCCUGCACGAAACAGGCUCCAAUAACCCCUCAGGAAUGACAUCAGACACAGACAAAAUCCCAUUCCAUCCCUACUACACCAUUAAGGACAUCCUAGGCCUCCUACUCCUAAUCCUAAUACUAAUGCUCCUAGUACUAUUCUCACCAGACCUCCUAGGAGACCCCGACAACUACACACCAGCCAACCCCCUAAACACCCCACCACAUAUCAAGCCAGAGUGAUAUUUCCUGUUCGCAUACGCAAUUCUUCGAUCCAUCCCUAACAAACUAGGAGGCGUAUUAGCCUUGAUUCUAUCAAUCCUAAUUCUAGCAGUAGUGCCACUGCUGCACACCUCAAAACAACGAGGAAUAAUGUUCCGACCAAUCAGCCAAUGUCUGUUCUGACUCUUAGUGGCAGACCUACUAACUCUAACAUGAAUUGGAGGACAACCAGUGGAACACCCAUUCAUCACCAUCGGCCAGCUCGCCUCCAUCAUAUACUUCUCCAUCAUCUUAAUCCUAAUACCCAUCUCCGGUAUCAUCGAAAAUCAUCUUUUAAAAUGAAGA